UAAUUUCCUCUUUUUACUUCUCAUCCCUCUUUCAAGGAAACUAGCCCUAGACAGCCGCCCAUCUACUCUCUCUAACACCGACUCAAUUCAAUUUAACAACUCAAAAACUUCUUCCCAAAAUCAAUAAUAUUCCCAAUUUUUUUUAGUUAGAGGGGGGAAGGCAAAGCUCCAAAAACAAUGGGUAUGAAACUAUUCAACGACGAUGUUGGUCCCGAAAACGACGACAUAUCGAAGAUUGAAAUCAACAAAGAGUAUGCUCGAAGAUUCGAGCACAACAAGAAGCGGGAGGAUCUACAGAGGUACGAGGAGCUCAAGAAGAAAGGUCACGUUGAAGAAUCUGAUGAAGAAUCUUCUGAUGAUGAUGACGACGACGAUGAUGAAGUAGACUUUACUGACCAAAUUGCGAAAGAUGAAGAUUUCUUUAAAGCUCUACUUCGGGUGAGAAGCCGUGACCCGAAAUUGAAGGAAAAAGAUGUGAAGCUUUUUGAGUCUGAUGAUGAUUAUGAAAGUGGCAAAUCAGACCAAGAAGAAAGCGAGCAGGGAAAAAGGAAAGAUAAGAAGUCAAUGUAUUUAAAGGAUGUGGUUGCAAAGCACUUGAUUGAAGAAGGGCCUGAUUUCGAUGAACAGGAUGCUCCUGUUAAGCUGAAGAAGAAGGUAAAGACUUAUGAUGAAGAACAAGAAGAGAUAAAGAAGGCUCUUUUGGAUGCAACUGAAGAAAUUGAAAACGAGGAUGAUGGAGAUUUCUUGAGAGUAAAGGAAAAAAAGGGUAAGGAUGAUGUGGGAAAAGAAGGCUUAAACCAUGGUGAAUUUUCUAAGAAGUUGGAAGAAUAUUUUGGGGAAGAUGCUGAAAUCGAUGAGAACUCGAAGUUCUUGAAGGAGUUUUUUAAGAACAAGAUGUGGAUUGAUAAGGAGAGGAAAGGCGGGGAUCUUGAGAUUGAUAACGAUGUAGUGGAUGAGGUGUUGAGGGAUGAAGAGGAGAUUGAGAGACAGGAGGGGUACGAGAUGGAGUAUAACUUUAGGCACGAGGAGAAUGCGGAGGAUAGAGUGAUAGGGUAUUCUCGGAAAGUAGAGGGGACAGUGAGGAAGAAGGAGAGUAAGAGGAAGGCGCAAAGAGAAAGGAAGGAGGAGAGAAUGAGGGUUGCGGAAAUGGAAAGGAAGGAGGAGUUGAAGCAUUUGAAGAAUCUGAAGAAGGAAGAAAUUAAGGAGAGAAUGAAGAAGGUUAUGGAGAUUUCAGGGAUUAACAAAGAGGAUUGUCCGUUUAGUGCAAAGGAUUUGGAGGAGGAAUUUGAUCCUGAUGAGUAUGAUAAGAUGAUGAAGGCCGUAUUUGAUGAGAAGUAUUAUGAUGACGAAGAUGCUGAGUUAAAUAGUGAUAGCGAAAGAAUCGAAAAACCAGACUUCGAUAAGGAGGAUGAGUUGCUUGGACUUCCUAAAGGAUGGGAUGUGCUAGAGUCUCAUGAUGGUUUCUUGGCUGCAAGGGAGAGGAAUAAGAACAAGUUACAGAGUAGCGGCGAUAAUGAUUCAGGAGAAGAAGAAGAAGAAAAAGGAGAGGAUGAUGUUGAAGAUGAAGAUGAAAAUGAAGAUGUUGGUGAUGACGAGGGCAAAGAACACGAAAGUGAAGAUAAUGAAGAAGAUGACGAGGAAAGCAAGGAAGAGGAGACUGAGGAAGGUAAGCGGAAGAGGAAGCGUAAAAUGUCCGUCGUUCAGAAAGCUUUAAACGAAAUGUGGGAGGAAUUUUAUAAUUUGGACUAUGAGGAUACAAUUGGAGACUUGAAAACAAGAUUUAAAUAUGUCAAGAUCAAACCUAAUAGAUUCGGGUUGAAGCCAAGUGAGCUACUGGCUUUGGAUGAGAAAGAAUUGAAUCAAUACGUUUCUUUAAAGAAGCUCGCACCAUAUACGGAUAAGGAAUGGAAGGUACCCAAUAGUAAGAGGUACCAGCAGAAAUUGAGGAUUAAGGAACUUCUCAAGGAGAAGCAAAGACAUCAAAAGGUCAGUAAGAAAAGGUCAAGAGACACUGCCGAGCAAUCAAAAGAAGAUGAGAGCACAAAAUUGGAGGAUUCAGAGUCAUCAAAACAGGGCAAGAAAAAGCGUCGUCAAGCAACCAACAUAUCGGAGUCGAGGCGCAAAGCAUACGGAAUGAUCUCUUCUAAUCCAAAAAAGAACAAACACAAGCAUUGAUCGAAUUGAUACACUUCCAUGGAAAGGUAGUUUUCUUGUUAGCCGUUCAUUUUCUUACACUUCCAUUGAAUCUGCUUAUUUAGUCUUGAUAUGAAUGAAUGCAUCAUGCGGUGGGCAUUUGGGGAUGCACGGACUGGCAAAGUGAAGGUUAGAGGUGCCUUACAGUUUUGAACUAUGUAGUGCUUAUUCAUGAAAGUGUUAUUGACCUGUUGUGAUAUAUUUUGAUCUCUCUAGUCAAUUGUAUCAGUUUUGGUAUUUAGAGUGGUUAUGAUGUAGCAUUCUUUUUCUUGGGGGUGGUAGCUUAUUAUUUUAUAAAGGUUUUAUGGUUCAGAAGGUUGCAUGAGUUUAUAAAUGUAAUUGCAUUUAGUGACAGAUCAUUUUACUGUUGUCUUUCUUGAUUUAUAAAUGGCUUUUAACAAGCAAUACAUGUGACAGGAUGUUGAUUCA